AUGGAACCCCCAAACCCCCCACGACCCCUCCCCCCCUACACCCCCUUCCGCACCCUCGCCGCGUCGACAGCGCAUCACGCCCACCCAACCGUCUACGACUCAGCCAUCGGCUACGGCGCGCCGCGCGUGUACUGGGGCGCGUCGCACGACAAACUCACUGCCGACCCCUUCUACCGGGCGAGCAACUACGUGCGGGAUGCGGUGUGGGACUACCGGAACCUGUACGCGGGGUUCGUUGCGUACGCGUGUGGGGAGGGUAGAGGGUGGGGGUUUGAGGAGGAUGAGGAAGGAGAAGGAAAAGAGAAGAGGGAGAGAGUGUGGUUGAGGCGACCGGAGGUGGAGCGGUGGGAGGCGAGCGAGGAGUUUGACAGGUUCUGGCAGACGGUGAAUUGGAUGAUGGCGCCUAGGUCGGAGGAGGGUUUGGUGGGGGUGGGGGAAGGAGAAGCGAGGCUCGUGGUGGAUGACGAGAUGAUGGAGAAGAGGGGGCAGGUCUGGCUGCAUAGGGCGGUGAAGGGGCUGAAGGAUAAGAUCCAAGUCGGCAUGCCACCCAUGUCCAUCCAACGCUGGGAGCGCCGCAAACUCUCCUCGCUGGAGCACGAAUACGAAGCCACCGAGCUCCUCCGCAAAACGCUCGCCGUCUUCACCUACCUCAACGACCCCUCCGUCCAGCAAUCCCUGCGCCUCGCCCACAACCGCAUGACCAAGCACCUCGCGCCCUUCGACCAGAUCAUCAACGACCACCGCCGCCGCCACGAGCAGCCCGAGGUGCCCCUGAUGGAGCUCUGGGACGCGUACACCAAGGCCCUCUUCGCCGACGUGGCGACCCGCGCGCACGGCUGGAUCGUCGGCCGCAUCGGCGCCAUGCGCGGGACUCAAGCCGCCGCCUUCGACCGCAUGAAGGCGCAGGACCGGCUGCCGGACGCGCAGAACACGAAGAUUCUGGCGCGGCUGUCGAUGCUCGUCGACCUCGAGCGCGACGUCGACUACAACUUCCGCAUCUCGCGGUACGGCUUCACCAGGGCGGCGGCGGCGGCGUCCAGCAGCGCGGCGUCGUCGUCGUCUCCCCCUUCGCCAGAGAAAUUUGCGGAGGAGAGGGAGAAAAUGCGCGCGGCGGCGGAGACGGCGGUGGGCAUAUUUGCGGGCGGCAUCACGCAGAUGAGGCAUGCCAUGGGCGUCGGGCCGUUCCCGUUUCAGUUCGAAUACUUCAUGGUGCUGAAUGACCAGGCCGACGCCAACAAGGCGGUGCGAGGGAAAGAUCCGAAGAAGAGGAGCAAGCUGUUCGGCCCUCCGCCGCAGAAACAGAAGCCGGAGCCAUGGGUGCAAGAGUUGAUAGAGCGACUUGAAGAUCCUGAAGACAAAACUAACAGCUUCGGCUUCGUUGUGUACCGGGAGAAAGAGUACGAAGGCGUGGCGUGGGAAAGGCUGGAAGAAGUCAUCACCGAGGACCUGAUGAACUGGGGCGACAAGAUGCCAGGCGCCGACAAGAUCAAGCCCAAAGCCAAACUGCACUGGAUCGAGAUGGCACACACAGGCAUAGAGAACUACCGCAGCCACUUCAACACCCUCCGCACCAACAACCUCCUCGCCCCCGGCACCUGCCCCUCCACCUUCCUCGUCAUCGACCCGCGCGCCGCCAACGCCUGGUUCCCCCAGCACUCGGGCGCAUCCACCGCGCACGCCUUCGCCGAGCGCCACCCCUUCCGCGGGCACACCGGCACGUCGACCAUGUCCAGCACGACCAGCACCGCGCUCGACGCCAUGCUGACCGACUUCGAGCCGUGGGUGCUGGCCGUCGACGCCAACUUCCCCGUCUCCGUCGGGGCGCCGUACGUGGACGCCGCGCUCAACGCGUCGCUGUAUCGCGGGUGGGCGCGCGUGCAGUCGAGUUUGGUGUUUGAGGAGUUGUACGGGCUGGCGGCGGCGGCGACGGGUGGUGGAUUGGAGAGGCCGGGUACAAGGCUGGGUGCGGCGGGCGUGCUGAGGUUGGGCCAGAUGUGGCGCGUGGCGGCGUCGCAUCCGUGCGCGGUGUACACGGGCGCCACGGUGACGGAGGUCGAGAUCAGGCGGUUUGCGGAGUGGAGCGGGCUAAGGAGCAGGGCGGUGCGGUGGGUGCUGGAUCGGCCGGAUGUGCUGUUCUAUGGGAGGAGAUAG